AUGGUGGUGGUGCAGCUCAUUUUGCUCAAGAUUGCGCUGGAACACAGGCCGCUGCCUGCGACCAAGGGCGGCGAGGGCAGCAUGCCGUUUUCUGGUCUCGAACGAGGCAGUCCAUUUGACAUUCAACGGCCCUACAACUUUUGGCAGUGGCGGUCGCACAAGCCAUACUGGCACUUCCUCCUCUACCUCCUCGGCGGUCUCAUCGUCUGCGAAGUCCUCUUCCGACCCAUGGAGCCCAUCUACGACGCGUACUCGGUGCUCAUCGGAUACCUCGGCCUCUCCAUUGAGGCGACCCUGCCCAUCCCGCAGCUGAUAGCCAACGCCCAAUCGCAAUCAUGCAAGGGCUUCCGACUGUCCGUCCUGGCCGCCUGGAUCGGCGGCGACGCCAUGAAGGUCUUUUGGUUCUUUACGUCUACGAGCGAGAUCCCCCUGGCCUUCAAGGUCUGCGGCUGCUUCCAGGCCGCCUGCGAUUGUUUAUUAGGCAUCCAGUAUUUCAUUUAUGGCGCCGGUGGUGACGAGGCCGUUUUGAAGGAGCACGCCAUGGAGGAGGCUCACUGGGCGCGCGGCCACCGGGCCUCACAUUCCCACACGCGGAGCAUGUCAGCCGGGAAGCGAGGGGCCACGUUCAGCGAUACCGAGGCGGAAUAG